UUUCUAGGAAGGAAACCUCAGAACGGUGGAGGUGUAGGACGAAUGCUGAUGCCAUCGAAAGGUGUGGGUCAGGCAAUGGGUGCACAAAAUGGAUACGGCGGAUACCCCACCAAAGGCAUAGGCUAUGGUGCAGCUGCUGGUGGGACCAAUGGAGGAGGGAUGAAAGGCUAUGGAGCAACAGCUGGAGUAACCAAUGGACAAGGUGGCAAACCACAAGGAGGGAAUCCAGCAGGUUUACCAAAUGGAAAUGGAGCAAAAUCUAAUGGAUAUGGUGUUCAAGCCGGCCCAACCAAUGGACAACAAAUGAAAGGCAACGGUUACGGUGCACAAGCUGGUGGAUACGGCAGACAAGGAACUAAAGGCAACGGUUAUGGAGCACCGAACGGAAACAGAGGCCAUUUCAAUGGUUAUGGUGCUGCAGCUGCUGCUCUAGGUGGGAAUGGAGCUAAACCCAAUGGUAAUGGCGCUGCAGCUGCUGCAUAUAAUGGACACGGAACAAAAGGCAACGGCUAUGGUGCUGGAGCUGGUGUACCUAAUGGAAAUGGGGCUAAAACCAAUGGUCAAGGAGCCGCAGCUGGCCAAUUCAACGGCAAUGGGGCAAGACCAAAUGGACAGGGGGGAGCUGGAAGUAAACCUAUGAAAGGAUAUGGACGACCACCUUAUGGCGCAGGUCCAGGUGUGGGGAUGGGAGCCUCCAGAGGUAUGGGAGUACCUCAGCUUGCCAGGAACCAGGGAUAUGGUGGUAAUGGUUAUGGAGCUCAACCCUUGGGAGGCUACAAUGGUGGUUAUGGCGGCGCUGGUUUGGGUCUGGGACCUCGGUAUGGAAAUGGAGGAAUGAAGGGACCGAAGCCAGGUUAUGGUGCUGCAGCUGGUGUGGCCAAUGGACAAGGUGCAAAACCCAAUGGUUAUGCUGGAGCCAGAGCCCCUAAUGGGAAUGGUUAUGGUGCCGCAGCCGGUGUGGCCAAUGGACAAGGUGCAAAACCCAAUGGUUAUGCUGGAGCCAGAGCCCCUAAUGGGAAUGGUUAUGGUGCCGCAGCUGGUGUGGCCAAUGGACAAGGUGCAAAACCCAAUGGUUAUGCUGGAGCCAGAGCCCCUAAUGGGAAUGGUUAUGGUGCCGCAGCUGGUGUGGCCAAUGGACAAGGUGCAAAACCCAAUGGUUAUGCUGGAGCUAGAGCCCCUAAUGGGAAUGGAGCUGUGCCAAAUGGUUAUGGAUAUCCCAGUGGUGGAGCUACCAAGCAAACAAAACCAGGUUAUGGUAAUGUUCCAAAUGGAUAUGGUGCCAAACCCAACGGAUAUGGCGCCCCCAAUGGAGGUGCAAUGAGACCCCAACCAGGUUAUGGAAAUGGAGCGGUUCCCAAUGGAUAUGGAGCUAAACCCAAUGGUUACGGAGCUGCAGCCGGAGCUGGAGCUGGUGUUACCAAAGGCUAUGGAGCUAAACCAAAUGGUCAUGGAGUUACAAAUGGUGCUGCACUCGGUGGAUAUGGAGGUCAACCCAACGGAUACGGAGGGCCAAGCAGAGGCUCAAAACCACAAACCAAAGGAGUUGGAGCGGUGUCGCCCAGUGAAGGUGCUAAAACACUCGGCACCGGUUAUGGUGGUCCUGCUGGUGUACCUAACGGACAGUUUAAUACUGGCUACGGCAUGAUGCCAAAUGGGAAGGGUACAAAGGGUGCAGGUGCGUCCACCGAAAAGGGCCUAAAAGGAGUAGUUCUCUCUCCUGAGCAGCCAAGUGCGACACCAGAAGAGGUUGUUGCAUUUCCACAAGCAGUAACUCACGGUGCAACACCCGUUGCCCCCGAGCCAACGAGUGGUGUCCUUGUUAUGGUCACGCAAGAGAAAUAUCACAAGCUGCCUUCACCUGUUCCUCAAGGAAAAAGCUACAAACAGACACCACUAAUCCCUCAGGCUACACCAGAACCAGCACCAGCAAUUCCUCAAGGCAAAGGCCCAAAGCCGGCACCUGAACCCACACCUGAACCAGCACCCAUGGGCCCAUAUGGCAAGGGUCUGAAGGCAGCCACAUCUGGACCUGGACCACUGGUUCCCCAGACUAACCCAGCACCAGAGCCGGCAGCCGUCCUCCCUGAAGAGAACGGAGGAGCGUCCAUCUCCAAGGGACAGGGAACUAAACCUGACUGUGGACCAUCAGGAGUACCAAAUGGACAAUGGAUGAAAAUACCAAGACCUGGUUAUGAUGCAGGUGCUGGAGCAUCCACUGGCACAAACACAAAAGGUUAUGGAGCAGGAGCUGGUGUUCCAAACGGAUAUGGUGCUAAACCCAACGGACACGGUGCCGGCAGGCCAGGGGGGUAUUCAAAUGGAGGAGGAGCUAAAGCAAACAAACCAAGUUAUGGAGCAGGAGGCUACACUGUCCCUGGACUCAGCAAUGGAUACGGAGCUGCAGGCCUUGGAUAUCCUUAUGCAGGGAAACCUAAGCAACCUGGUUACGGACAGGGAGCGUACAUUGGAGCCGGAUAUGGAAAUUCAUAUGGAGGAAAUACAGGUCUGGGGGAAGCAGCAAAGUCCAAAUCAGGAAAUGGAAAUGGCUACACUGCCAGUUUACAACCUGACUAUGCAAGUCUUGGCCAAGGUGUACCCACUACCAAUGGAAAAUCAGGUGGUGCCAGACAGAUGCCUUACAAUGGAGCCCCAUUGGUUCCUGCUGGAAUGGAUGGAAUGAGCCAGUUUGAGCCUCAGCCCGCCGGCCUCGGUCCAAACGGAAAAUUGGGCAGCAUGUACCACGGUGGAAUGGGUGGCUUGCCUUUUGGUGGUCAGACUUUGGGAAUGGGUGCAGAGAAACCAAACACCAAGUACGGCAUUGGUGGGUUGCAAUUUGGUGGACAACCCCUCAGUACAGGGACUAAUGGUGCAGGAAUGUAUGGUUAUGGAGGGAGCCCCUAUGGGACUGCUGGUGAUGGCACAUUAUCUGGAAAAUAUGGUGGUCUUGGUGCCGGCAUGGGAGGGGGUCCUGCAUCUGCACAAUAUGGAUAUGGCGGGUUCCCCAAUGGUGGGCAGCUUCUCGGUCUCGGCAGUAAUGGAAACACAGCCGGCAAUUAUGGUUAUGGAAGAAUGCCUUAUGAAGCUCAACCAGCUGCACUAAGCCCUGAAACCAAAUCUACUGGCAAAUAUGGUCAGGCCGGGUCACAAUAUCAGCCUGAACCUCUCGUACAGAACGGAAAAUUAACAGGCAAAUACGGUGGCGGUGAAGUCCCCUACGCACCACAUGCUCUUGGUUUUGGGAGUGAAGCUGAAUCUUUUGGGAAAUAUGAUAACCAGGGAUCGUACCAGCCACAGCCCCUUGAAUCGGCAUCUGAAGGCAGAUCUGGUGUAGAAUAUGAUGCAGCUGGUUUACAUUAUGAGCCCGUGCCUCUUGAGCAAGAUUCAGCCAGAAAAUCUUACGUGAACGGAGAGCUACCGACACCAGCAAUUGCAGUUGAAGGCGAGGGGAUGUCCAUUGAUAGAUACGAAAAUGUGGGCUAUAUAAAUGGACAAGUGCAGCCAGAAGUUGUUGCAUUUCCAGUAGUUUCCACUCCCAGCCCCACCCUGGCCUACCCCUCUGUCCCAUCCUAUCUGCCCGUGGAGUCCUUCACACCUGAUGAUGUGAUGCCUGGAGCGGGUGUUGAUGACCUGCCCGACCCCGCAGGCACUACCGUCCUCGACUCCGCACCCGCUACAGAAACACUGGGUGUGGCUGAGGUGCCUGAUCAACCUGAUGACCUGCUUCAUGAACAGCAGCUGCCACGUCAGAUUCACAUUCAGCAGCAUCUCAAACUGCAUUUUCACCCACAAGGAGCAAAGAACAACAAAUAUGAUUUGAAUGGCUUCUUUGGGAAUAGUGGCUAUCAAGGUUAACCCCGCAGACAACGACAAGUAUAAUCUUUCUCUGCCGUUGUAUAUUAUUUUUGAAUGUUUCUUAAUUGUAUAUUUUUAUUUUCUUCUGUGUGUCGAAUAGUCCUGGUAUUUUGUGUUUGUUUGUAGAGAUAAAACUGCCUUUAAACAUUUUGAGUUGUUAGGUUUUCUGAUUAAUGUAUAUUUUUAUGGAUUACCUUUUGUCUUGCACCUACUGCUCACUGUAAAUGCAAAUAAUUAGUUGCUGGAGAAAUUCAGUUUGUCUGCUGCAUAUUCAGUGUUUUGAGUCCGUUUUGCUUGAUAUUGUCAACUCAAAAUAAUCCUGUAAAACAUAAUUCAGUCUAAUUUAUUUUGCAUGGGAGAGGGUUUUUUACUACUUGUGGCAAACAUCUGUUUAUUAUUGUACAGAAUUUGAUUGAAUAAAACCAUCAAUGAAU